ACGGAGGAGGAGGAGGAGGAUGAGAUUUUAGGAGAAACGAGUUAAAAACAAGAUGGCUGUUGUAGGACAAGGAAAAUAUUUUCGCUUUUUCUUUUUAACCUAAAUUAGGCAUUUUGGGGGCAAAUAUCUGGAUAUGAAGGGUUACCAUGCUGUCCACGGAUAGCCUUUAUUCAUGCAAGUAGAGGGAAACUUUGUGUUAACUUUGCAAAGAAACAAACUAACGGGACCAUGAGUUCAUCUCGAGUCAGACCCCAGCAGCAGCCGCAGAGCCAGCCCCGCAAACUCGACCCGAGUGAGGGGAUAGAGAUGGAGAGCAUCCAGCACCAAGACCUGGGCCUCGGAGGGGUCAUAGGCACCCCGUCCCCGCCGUCCAGGCAAGCGUGGAGCCGGGACAACCCGGGUUUCGAGCCCGAGGAGGAGAUCAUGGAGGCGGACUGGCCCUCGGCGAGUCCCGUGAGGAGGGCGGUAUCCGCGGCCUCCAGGGGCAGCUGCAGCAGCGGCCUGGGAGGCAGCUUCAGCCGCGAGCAGAUGCCCCGUGGAGGACUGUACCCCACCCCGACCCCGACCCUGAAUGCCCAGCAGCAAGACGGGCACGAGCACCUCGGCUGUAUGAAGCAGAUCCUCCAAAAAAUCAGAGUUCUGUGGGGCACAGAUUUGAUGGAGGACAGUGACAGCAGCCGAGAACGGUACCUCAGGAACAUUUUGAGAGAGAUGCUCACGUAUUUCGCAUUCCUCAUUACUAUUUGUGUUUUGACCUAUGGGAUGGUUAAUGCCAACAUGUACUAUUACACCAAAGUUAUGUCUCAGCUGUUCCUCGACACGCCACUGUCUCCUGGGGACCCUAUUACUUUUAGGAGCCUCUCCACCAUGGAGGAUUUUUGGAAGUUCACUCAGGGGCCCUUCCUUAAUGGUAUGUACUGGGAGGUUUGGUACAACAACAAGAGCCUGCCAGAGAAUCAGAGCCUCAUCUACUAUGAGAAUCUCCUCCUCGGGGUGCCGAGGCUCCGGCAGGUCAAAGUCCGCAACGAGUCCUGCUCCAUCCACAAGGAUCUGCGGGAUGAAGUCCAUGACUGCUUUAACAUUUAUACUCCAAGCAACGAGGACACCGGCUCUUUUGGCCCAAAGAAUGGAACAGCGUGGGUGUACACCCGGGAGAGUGGGAUGAAUGGCAGCAGUUUCUCGGGUCAGGUGUCGACGUAUGGGGGUGGCGGAUACUACCAGGACUUGUCUCGAACAAAAGAGGAGUCAGCCGCUCAACUGCAGUUCCUCAAAGAUCACUUGUGGCUGGAUCGGGGCACAAGGGCCGUCUUCCUUGACUUCUCUGUGUACAAUGGAAACAUAAAUCUUUUUUGCAUUGCCAAGUUAUUGGUGGAGUUCCCUGCCACUGGUGGGGUGGUGACCUCCUGGCAGUUUCAGACGGUGCGUUUGAUACGAUACGUGUCCAGCUGGGACUACUUUGUGGGCGUGUGUGAAGUGGCGUUCUGCCUGUUCAUCCUUUACUAUGUGGUCGAAGAAGUGUUGGAAAUCCACAUCCACCGGCUGCAUUACUUCAGGAGCACGUGGAACUGUCUGGAUGUUCUCAUUGUUGUGUUGAGUGUUGUUGCCAUUAUCAUGAACAUAACCAGAACAGCCAUGGCCAGAAAUCUGCUCAAUGGCCUGUUAGAGAACUACGCUGCUCACCCCAGCUUUGAGCCGUUGGCCAACCUGCAGGUCCAGUUUAACAACAUGGCCGCAGUGAUUGUCUUUUUUGCCUGGGUCAAGCUGUUUAAGUUCAUCAACAUCAACAAAACCAUGAGCCAGCUGACCAGCACCAUGUCCCGCUGCGCCAAGGACCUCGUGGGGUUUGCAAUCAUGUUCUUCAUCAUCUUCCUGGCGUACGCUCAGCUCGCCUACUUGGUGUUUGGAACGCAGGUCAAUGAUUUCAGCACUUUCCAAGCCAGCGUAUUUACCCAGUUCCGAAUCAUCCUGGGAGACUUUAACUACUCUGAGAUUGAGGAGGCAAAUCCGGUGCUUGGGCCUAUUUACUUUUCAACUUUUGUCAUCUUCAUUUUCUUUAUUCUCAUGAACAUGUUCCUGGCCAUCAUCAACGACACCUACUCUGAGGUGAAGGCGGAUAUGUCGCAACAGAGAUCUGAGAUGGAAAUGACUGAUCUCAUCAAGAAGGGUUGUAACAAAGCGUUGAUGAAGUUAAGACUGAAGAAGACGGCUGUAGAUGACAUCUCUGACAGUCUGCGGCAAGCAGGGGGAAAACAAAACUUCGACGAACUCCGUCAGGAUCUAAAAGGAAAGGGCCACUCAGAAGCAGAGAUUCAGGCCAUCUUUGCAAAGUACGACCAGGACGGCGAGCCCGAGCUGACUGAGCACGAACACCAGCAGAUGAGAGAUGACCUGGAGAAAGAAAGAGAGGACUUGGAGCUGGAGCGCAAUUCGCUGACUCGACCCAGCAGUGGGCGGAGCUUCCCUCGCACCCAGGACGACUCGGAGGAGGACGACGACGAGGACUCCGGUCACAGCUCACGCCGCCGCGGCAGCAGCUCAGGGGGCGUCUCAUAUGAAGAGUUCCAAGUGCUGGUGAGGCGAGUGGACAGGAUGGAGCACUCCAUCGGCAGCAUCGUGUCCAAGAUAGACGCCGUGAUCGUGAAGCUGGAGGGAAUGGAGAGAGCUAAACUGAAGAGGAGAGACGUUCUGGGCAGGCUGCUGGAUGGAGUCAUGGAGGACGAGCGUUUAGGACGGGACACAGAUGCCCACAGGGAGCAGACGGAGAGACUUGUGAGGGAGGAACUGGAGCUCUGGGAGUCGGACGAUACGGUCUCGCAGGUCAGCCACGCUCAGACGGCUACGCCCGUCGGCCCGCGGCCUCGCCCUCCCUCCUCCCUGUCCACCGACGGCCUCGACACAAGCGCUAACGGGGGCGCCCAUGUGUAAGGACGUGGUGAGCCAGAGAAUCCUCCACGAUGGAAAGAGGCUACACACAAUAUGUGCAAAUACUGGGCUUUAUUAAAGAUGUUUAAAAUAGCUGACACAACGCUGAAGACAAUGACAAAAUCAAACUGAUCUCAUCUAUUUUAAUGAGAUCAUAAUUUGACAGUGUUUCUUAAACUCUCCAAUCAGGAAAUAAUAUUUUGAAGAUAAAAAUACAAAAUAUAUCAGAAGUUCUGAGGUGUAUUAAAUCACAGUAUUUAAGGAAUGCACUGCCCUGCAUGUUGAGUAUCACUCAGAAGUCAGUUUAUCACAUUUACACACAAAAAAACAAGAAACAUUUUAUCCAGAUAUUCAACAAGCUUUUUGUAUGUUUUUAUAUUUGUAUAAUUUUAACACUGAUGCAAGUGUGGACUAUUUUGUCAUAUUUACUCAUCUGUUAAGCUUCAGAUUAACCAGCUUAUAAAUUUAUGCUACAUAUUGUAACUUGAAACAAACUUCGAUUCGGAGUGCAUCUAGUGUUCACAGGAAGCCUGUGCUUUUAUUAUUAUUGUUAUGUAUUCAAUCACUUUGAUUUACAAGCCUUUUUUAAAAUCCGUUUUGCCAAAUAAAGUGUAAAUAUAAAAUAAAA